AUGGCGGAAGCGCUGGCUCGCGAUGCAUUUCGUAGGAUUCGAAUUGCAGAAUGGCCGGCAUUCACCAGUGAUAAUCAGGUAAACGAUUUACACCGAUUUUCAAACAUGAACGACACUCUGGAUAUUGCAAAAGAUAGCAUGCAGGAAACAAUAUUUUCGCACCUGUAUUGGAGGCUUAGCAGCGAUAUUAUUUCUGUGCAUAUAAGCGACGAGAUGCCAUGGGACACUGUGAAGUGCUUGCUCAGCAAUUCGUCUGGAAUUCUGUCUGAAUGCCGCCUCGCGUACGAUCACCGAAUUCAGCUCCACAAACUGUAG